CCAAAAACACAAAAAUCGGAAAUUUGAUUGACUGCAUUAAAAUAUCUUUCUCUCAACACAUAAAUACGCUGAGGUAAACGAGGGAUUCCGACAGGCCUCAAGUCCCAUGAAUUCUCAGUAGAUUUUAUUCUCUGCAUCUCUCUCAGCAACCACUUACUUCGUCAAAAAAGAAAAAAAACGCCUCGAUCUGCGAACUGGUUUGUCGUUGGAUCUUGGAUUAGAGCCACAGAUUACGCUUAAAUUGCUUUUGACUUUGGAGCUAAAAGGCAAGAAAAGGAGAGACCUUUCAACACUACUAUUUUCACUCCCUUUUCCUCGGCUUUUUUCUUUUACCUUUUUUUAAGCUGCUGUGAAUUUUCACUUGCUUCUAUGUGCUUUUUGGUGUUGGAUUUAAGCUUAAUUUGCUUUUUGUUCUCGAGAUGUGUAAGAUCUGAAUUUUUGUUUCGCUCUCUUGGACUUUUGUAUUAAUUAUUUGGUACAGAACAAAAGGUGGUAGCUUUGUCGAUAUUUGGUCAGUCCUUGAUUUCACUUUACUCGGGCCUUGCAUAUUAGUGGAAUUGGAGAGAGUUGUGUUUUGAAGCAGAAGCAGAACAAGGUCUGUCUUUCAAUAAUGUUAUCUCAAUUUUGGGAUCUUUACAGUUCUGCUUAAAUUUGAGCUCAAUUUUGGGUUUUACUCGACGGAUUUUGUCUGUUUCUGAGUCUGGAAUUGGGGUUUUCCAGACGGGUUUUAUUUGGUAAAGUUGGCAUUUUUUUUGCUCCAAAUUUUCGAUAUUUAGAGUAUUUGAACUCGACUUAGUUUGGGGAUCUCUGGUAGCAGUACUGACUUUUCAAGUUUUAGCUGAGUGAGAUCAUUAAGUCCAGGCUUAUUCUGUGGUCUUGCAAUGGAUUCCCCUCAAUCUGUUGUUUCGCCGUUCAAGAGCUCUGCUGUUUUUGCUGAGCCUGAGAAGCAGACUGCUGAUCUGUUUGUCAAAAGCCCUGAUUACCUGUCCCGGGGAAUUGGUGCUCACAGAAAGGAGGCUGAGGUUUAUAACUUGGAGGAAUCCGUUGGAACUCUAGAGGUUUACAUACACCAGGCUAGGGACAUCCACAACAUAUGUAUAUACCACAAGCAAGAUGUUUAUGCCAGGCUUUGCCUCACAAGUGACCCUGAAAAUGCUGUCUCCACUAAGAUAAUUAAUGGAGGUGGGCAGAAUCCAGUCUUCAAUGAGAAUCUUAGACUUGGCGUUCGUACUGUCGAUACUUCCCUGAAGUGUGAGAUAUGGAUGCUCAGCAGGGUCAGGAAUUAUCUUGAAGACCAGUUGCUGGGAUUUGCUUUGGUGCCUCUGUCUGAUGUCCUGGUCAAGAGUGGGAAGCUAGAGAAAGAGUUCUCUCUAUCAUCAACGGAUCUCUUUCAUUCCCCUGCUGGAUUUGUUCAGUUGUCCCUCUCCUACAGUGGGGCUUUACCUGACGUGCUGGCUAUUUCUUCUGCUCCUCCAUCUGUUGUUACUGAUGUAGCUGUACAUGAUUCAAAAGCAGCCGAGUCUGUUCCGGAUGAACUUGACAAAAUUGAGUUCCCUGAUCCCAAGAUAUUGAAUGAGAAUCAUUUGAUGGUCUCCGAGUAUUUUGGGAUUCCAUGUGCCAAUCUAGACUCCCAGAGCUCUGACAGCUUCGUUUCUUCAGAUACUGAAAAUCAGCUGAGUUCUGAAGCUGGUGUUCAGUUUGUCGAGAGUUUGUCAAUGGGCACCGUUGGUUCUACCCAAUUCCCAAAGGUUGAUUCUCCUCCUAGCAGCGGGUCCACAUAUGGUUCACCAACUGCUUCACUUCCAGUGAGCUCCCAGUCUUCCGAGACACCAGUAGUUUCAAAAUCUGCUACUGAAGAAUAUGCCUUACCUCCUAAAGAAAAUGUGAAAGAGAGAAGCGCAGAUGCGGGAGAUGCCGAGAGUAAGGCAUCUGAAAACCUGCCUGGCGAGUCAUUUGUAAAACCUGUCGUCACCGUGAAGAUUGAGCCAGAACAAAAGAUGGUGCAACAGGAUAUUGUGGAUAUGUACAUGAAAAGCAUGCAGCAAUUUACCGAGUCAUUGGCAAAAAUGAAACUUCCCAUGGACUUUGAGAGUGGACCAACCAGUUCUGGAAAUUCAAGUUCUGAUCAGAAACUAGACUCAUCUAAGAACUCUGGCAAUAGAGUCUUUUAUGGCAGUAGAGCUUUCUUCUGACUUCCUGUUUUAGUGGAUGGGACUUCACAGGUGACUUUAGUGAUUAGAAUCAAGUGCAAUGCCAUCAGUGACACUAAGCUGAGUUUUGAUUGUGUCAUUUUCGUAUGUAAGCAGGCAGUGCUUUAGGUGAUGGAAAAGAUCUUGACUUGUUCGUGUUGUUUAUUGCAGUUGAUCCUAGUAUAUAUUUGUCACUGCUGUACUUCAUCAUUCUAAUCACUGAUAUACUUGUGAUGGUUUGAAAACUCGCCGGUCUGGGCUAGAGUCUCUGUAAAUUUCUGAUUCUACUAAUAACUCAAUCAACUUUCUACAAGAAGU